AUGGCAAAUAAAUUUUGUUUUGAAGCCUUAGACAGGACUCUGAGAGAUAUCCUCCGAGUGAAAUACGAAAACAGCUCUGACAAACCGUUUGGAGGUCUUAGAGUCGUAUUUGGUGGUGAUUUUCGUCAAAUAGUACCAGUAAUUCCAAAGGGUAGACGAGCUGAUAUUGUUGAUGCAUCGCUAAACUCCUCAUACUUGUGGCCAUUUUUAAGAAUAUACGAAUUGAAGCAUAAUAUGCGACUUCGCAGUGAAAGAGUAACUAAUUCUGAGGCAGCUGAAAUUGCAAAUUUCGACAAUUGGUUGUUACAAAUUGGAGAUGGAUCCUUUCAUGAUGAUACUGACAAUGAGCUUAUUAAAUUACCUCCCGAUAUAUGCAUCGCAUCAUCCAGCGAUCCAAUCGGAUCAAUUGUCGAAGCAGUUUACCCAUCACUCUUGCAGAAGUACAAUGACCCAACAUAUUUGAAAGAAAGAGCAAUACUAACGCCAAAAAACGAAAUGGUGCAUGAGUUGAAUGCCACAAUUAUGCAAAUGAUACCAGGUGAAGGAAGAACAUAUUUUAGCUCGAACAAUGUGUGUAAAGCAAGUGUGAACACUAAUGAUGAAGAUCUGUUGUACCCAACUGAAUUUUUGAAUAGCUUAAGAUUUCCGGGAAUCCUUAAUCAUGACAUACACUUAAAAGUAGGCACUCGAGUUAUGCUUCUCAGAAAUCUAAACCAAAGUGAAGGCCUAUGCAACGGAACAAGAUUGAUUGUCACACAUCUUGGUAAUUGGUCUGUUAGCGCAAAUAUCAUUUCGGGAAAGAACAUUGGCUCAAGAGUAACAAUUCCAAGAAUCAUUAUGUCUCCUAAUGAUUCAAAGUGGCCAUUUAAGCUUAAGAGACGGCAACUUCCUUUAGCUCCAUGUUUCGCCAUGACAAUUAAUAAAAGUCAAGGACAAUCCCUUAACCAUGUCGGAUUGUAUCUUCCGAAACAAGUAUUCACCCAUGGCCAGUUAUAUGUAGCUAUAUCCCGAGUAACAACAAGACAAGGAUUGACUAUACUGAAUGUUGAUGACGACAUAGAAGACACUAUGUUUAUUAAAAAUAUUGUCUACAAAGAAGUAUAUAAUAGAAGAAUGACGGUGUCGCUGAAGCACAAAGAAAUCUCUGAAAUGCUCUCUAACGAAUGA